AUGUCUAUCCGAGCCAUCAGGAUUGGUCAUCUUGCUUAUGGGCAAAACGUAUGGCAGUAUGCUCUGCAGGCAAAUAUGGCAGCAGCAGCAGAAGCAUCAGAGCUGAGUUUGAAUGAUCAUCCAGUUGAUGACUUUUCAGCCAACGAAAUGGUCUGCCUUGAAUCAGAACACAUGGUAGAUCAAUGGAAAUGCCACUUUGAUAAGUAUGAUAUUUUAGGAAAAGGAGAGAUCAGUAAGCAAGAUUUCCAAGAAUUGAUGGUUGAUCCCCAAUUUCAAGAAGAAAUUCCAUCAUACAAAUUGGAUGCCCUUGGAUCAAAAAUUAGCACUAUGGAUCACCAAACCCUUUCUUACCAGGAAUUCAUCAAUAUAAUGAGCAACAAACGUAACCCAAGCUUCCGCCUUGCUGUACAGAGCAGAGAGGGUAUUGAAGGUUGGAAUGACAAUUUUGUCUACCUGCAAAGCCGAAAGGAGACACGUUUUAGGAGAAUGGUACGCAAAGUUGCAAAGGAGUUUCUCACUGAUGAACUUGACAGGCAAUAUUACUCUGACCGCUACAGCUGCUGGCCACCACCAUUGUUUUUACCUGUGGUCACCUUGAUGGAGGUCAGUCCAUAUUAA